ACGUCAUUCAGACGCGACAGUUUCCGCACGCACGCGAGGAAUAGACGUGAAUGCAGAGAUGAAGAGGAAAGAGGAAGAGGAGAUGAAGACUGGGGAAGAGGAGGAGGAAGAGCAACAGGAGGAAGAAAUCAGAGAGGAGCAACCAGUUUCUGCUGUUGGAAAAGAUGAAGAUGAUGAUGACGUACAGACGAACACAGACCCAGUGGGGGAUGGAGGUAAUGGUGGGAAGAAGAAGAAGAUUACUUCCUGUCAAGACAGGAAGUGUAUUCCAGGUAUCAUCUACCUCGGUCACAUCCCUCCAAAGCUCCGCCCCAAACACCUGAGGAACCUGCUGUCUGUGUACGGAGAGAUAGGACGAGUAUUCCUGCAGCCUGAAGACCGUCAGGUGAGGAGGAAUAAGAAGAAAUCUGGGUUGAGGAGAUGUGACUUCACUGAAGGAUGGGUGGAGUUCAGAGACAAACGAGUGGCCAAGAAGUUAGCAGUUUCCCUCCACAACACACCUAUGGGAACUAGGAAGACGCAGCGCUUCUCUGCUGACCUCUGGAACAUCAAGUACCUGCACAGGUUCCAGUGGACUCACCUGAGUGAGCGGCUGGCCUACGAGCAGACGGUGCUGCAGCAGCGACUACGGACCGAGGUUUCUCAGGCGAAGCGGGAAACCACCUUCUAUCUGAAUAAUGUGGAGAAAGCCACUCGCAUGGACAAGCUUAGGAGGAAGAGGCAGAGAGAUGGAGAACAGGUGGAAGAGAAGACAUGGGAGUUCACCCAGCAUCCAACAGAAGAGGAGAUUCAGACAAAGAAGAAGAAGAAGAAGAAGAAAGACUCCAUUACUCACAAUCAGCCUGGCAAGGCCCACAUCAUAGGACAGAAAAGCCAAUCAAACGUGUUACUAUUGGCCAAGAUUUUCAACUCCAACCAGUCGGAGUGAGAUAGGAACUUCUGGCUGUUUCACAGAAACAAUAAGCAGAUUUGAUAUUCAGGCUCCUUUUCUGACCAAACAGAGUAGGAGUCGCAAACAACAUCCAGCAGUUACCUGCUGCACCUGCAACUGGACUGUGCAGUUUUCCAGAUGGUUUUAGAGCUCUCCUUGGUUUUAAGGAACCCAGAUGAAUAAUGGGGGUUUAUGUUAUUAUACUCAAUCACUUCUGUAUGUCUGCUAUAGCUGGAGAACUCUGCGCUGGAACCGCUACUGUGUCCUGACGAGCACCAAGGGACACUGAAAGUCAGUCAGAUUUGGGGUGCUGAGGGAAAAAUGUGUAAUGUUGUUAAAUUGUGAAGUGCAUCAAUGAAUUUCAUCUGAAAUAAAGUGGACAUGACUGGUCCACUUACUAGUAUUGGUUAGUUGCUGCUUCCGACUUGUACUUCUUUGUCAUUUUCAAAUCAGAAAGAAAUAUUACUGUAACAUCAGUAAAGCUGAUAAAUAUCUAUCAGCUUCAUUUUCCCUCCUCACAUCAGAGCUAGAUAGAGGCAGUAAACUAAAGGACGGGAGACUGGUGGGGGAGCAACUACGAGACGGGUCCUGUACAUAGCUAUGUAGCUAUUUCAUAGAUGCAUAAUUCACCAUUUAGACUUAAACGGCUUGAAACAGUGAUGUUCAGAUGUUCGUAGGCCUCUUUUAUUUCAAGACUUUAAAAUCAGGCCUUUAAAUCCUUCAAAGGUUGAGUUAUCGAUGUUCUCCAUCUGUGCCCGAAUUUUUUCUUGGUUUUCUUCAAUAAAUACUUUUCCAGUU